GCCAUGCCCUCCUUAUUCUUCUACAGAACUCGCCAUUUUCAUCGCUCAACGUCGCUCUAAAGGAGCGUCAAUAUCGUAUAGAGAACCAGAGGUAACCACACGGGAAGCGUAUUGUCGUCGCGAGUGUCGCGAGCUUGGGAAUUGCGGCUACAUUUCAUUACUGGAGUUGGAGGAGAACAAAAGCUUCAAACAACAUCGCCUCGUCCCCACAGUCGCGGCGCGGUUGAAUUCAAUCCGUCCAAUCGAGCGCCCCUCUCUCUCCCCAAUCCACAACCUAUCUCACCUGCACUAUGUCCAGUUUCCAAUUCGGACACUUUGGGUAUAUAUGCGAGCGAGCAGCACUCACAAUAUGUCCGCUCGUUGGGACAGACUUGGGCGUCAUGCCGACUUGCUAUAGUCGAAAUGUUCAACUCGGGAGUCAGAUCAUCUUUCAGCCUGCCACAUGCUUCGUGCAUAUCGCAGCUCUGGCCAUGACAUUGAUCAUGCUGUUUCACGUUCGAUCCAAAUACACAGCCGUCGGGAGAAAAGAGAUUGUCCUAUUCUUUUACCUGUACAUGUUCGUCGAAUUACUCGCCAUCUUUCUGGACUCUGCUAUCAUUCCUACCGCGCAUCAAGUGUAUCCAUGGUUCGCUGCGGUUUAUGCCGGAGCGCUCGGUGCACUGUAUUGGUGUAUCCUGAUCAACGGUUUCGUUGGCUUUCAAUUUCACGAAGACGGCACGCCAAUGUCUCUUUGGUUCCUUCGUCUGUCAUGUCUCGCGAUUUGGGGAAUCUGCUUCUUCAUCGCCAUUGCUACAUUCAAAGGAUUCGUAUCCUUCUCUUUUACCAAGCCGAUCGGACUUUUCAUCACCUACCUCAUGUUCCCUGCCGUAUGCGUCCUUAUAUAUGUCGUGUCCCAGCUCGUCUUGGUGAUUAGGACACUCGACGACCGAUGGGUCAUUGGAGACAUCAUCUUUGGAACUGCCUUUUACGUGGUCGGAUGUGUCCUCCUUUUCGCUUUCAGCGUCAAGAUCUGCGAUGCUGUAUCGCACUACAUUGAUGGCGUCUUCUUCUUCACCCUGUGCAUGCUCUUGGCCGUGAUGAUGGUGUACAAAUACUGGGAUUCCAUCACGAAGGAGGAUCUCGAAUUCUCGGUCGGCUCCAAGCAGGCAGUAUGGGAGGUUAAGGAUCCACUGCUACCGGCCGGCUCUGAGUAUGCAAUGGAGGACGACCAACAGAGUCAAUUCCGUGGAGCAGGUGGAUCCCUCAUAUUUGGCGGCGGCGGAAACACAAUGUACGCGCCCUCCAUUCAGUAUUCGCAACAUCAAGGAGCUUAUGGAAAUGGCCACAACGGCGGUUACAACAAUGGACUUUACUAGUUGCCAAGCGACUUUUUCUCUCUGUUUGUCUUUAACGACCCGUUAUGCAUGUAUCGAUCUUAUCACGAG